CGUCAGGAGCAGUGGCGGGCGGGCGAGCUGAGGCCCCCUCUGCGCGGGGAGCGUGGAAUACAUGGGCCCUGGAAUCGCGUCACCAGCCGGCGACUGUGUCUUGGCGGUGUGGGCCGAGGCGGGGAAGGAGGCGGCAGCGGCGGCGACAGCUCUGGGGUUUGCGUCUCGGGGUGUGUCGGCCGCCGCUGCUGCUUGGGCUUGGUAUGUACAAAUGGCUGGUUAGGAUCCUCGGCACCAUUUUCCGUUUCUGCGACCGCUCGGCGCCCGCUGCCCGGGCCCUGCUGAAGAGGCGGCGCUCGAACAGCUCUGUGUUUUCUACAGUGGACACUGAUGAAAUACCAGCUAAAAGACCAAGAUUAGAUUGCUUUAUUCACCAAGUGAAAAGCCACCUCUACAAUGCUGCCAGCUUGUUCGGGUUCCCAUUCCAGCUGACCACAAAGUCCAUGGUGACUUCUGCGUGUAACGGGACACGGAAUGUGGCCCCUUCGGGAGAGGUAUUUUCGAACUCUUCAUCUUGUGAACUAAUAGGUUCUGGAUCCAAGAACAACAUGCUGAAACUGGGUAAUAAGUCCCCCAAUGGCGUGAGCGACUAUCCAAAGAUCAGAGUGAUGGUGGCACGCGAUCAGCCGCGGAGAGUCCUGCCCUCGUCUGGGUUUUCUUUGAACUCAGAAGGCUACAACAGAAGACCUAGUGGCCGUCGCCAUAGCAAAGGCAACACCGAGAGUUUCCUGCUGUGGAGACCGCAGGAGCAGGCUGUCACCGAGAUGGCACCUGAAGAGGGUGGCAAGGGGCUGCGGCGUCCCCACUGCACUGUGGAGGAAGGUGUUCAAAAAGAAGAAAGAGAGAAAUAUCAGAGGUUAUUAGAGCGACUUAAAGAAGGUAGUCACGGAAGCUCUGUGCCUCCUGUAACUUCACAUCAUCACAGUUCUCAAAGAAUUCACAUGGACACGUUAAAGACCAAAGGCCGGGUGGAAGAGCAGAACCACGGAGUCAGAGCAACUCAGUUUGUUCCAAAACAGUUCGGAAUGACCAUGCAUGGUGAAUGUUUUGAACCAGUACAGGACUCCGAGGCAGCCACAACUAACUACACGAAAAGGACUUCCAGAGCUGCUUCAGAAAGAGAUAGAGCUUUCGAAACAAGGGGACCCUUCUGUCCAGUGAGAAGUGAAAAAAGGUGUUCAAAGGGGAAAAUUACUGAUACAGAGAAGAUGAUUGGAAUCAGGCUUGAAAAUGAAGGUAGGAGAGGACACCAGCUGGAGCCUGACCUAUCGGAAGAGGUGUCGGCCCGACUCCGCCUGGGCAGCGGCAGCAAUGGCUUCCUCAGGAGGAAAAUGUCCAUACUGGAGGCCAAGGAAAAGAAUUUCACAGGCAAAGAGAGAGACAGAAGAACAGACGAUCUCCUUGAACUUACAGAGGACAUGGAGAAGGAGGUCAGUAACGCUCUUGGCCACGGCCCGCAGGAUGAGAUCCUGAGCAGCGCCUUCAAGUUGCGAAUCACUAGAGGAGACAUCCAGACCUUAAAGAAUUAUCACUGGCUUAAUGAUGAAGUUAUUAAUUUUUACAUGAAUCUUCUAGUGGAAAGAAAUAAAAAGCAAGGCUACCCAGCACUUCACGCAUUCAGUACUUUCUUCUACCCUAAAUUAAAGUCUGGGGGUUACCAAGCCGUGAAACGAUGGACCAAAGGGGUAAAUCUCUUUGAGCAAGAGCUGAUCCUGGUGCCGAUUCAUCGGAAGGUGCACUGGAGCCUUGUGGUGAUGGACCUAAGAAAAAAGUGUCUUAAGUAUCUGGAUUCUAUGGGACAGAAAGGCCACAGGAUCUGUGAGAUUCUCCUUCAGUAUUUACAGGACGAAAGCAAGACCAAAAGAAACAUUGAUCUGAACCUUCUAGAGUGGACCCGCUACAGCAUGAAGCCACACGAGAUUCCUCAACAGCUGAAUGGGAGUGAUUGUGGAAUGUUUACUUGUAAAUACGCAGACUAUAUUUCUAGGGACAAACCUAUCACUUUUACACAGCACCAGAUGCCUCUGUUCCGAAAGAAGAUGGUGUGGGAAAUCCUACAUCAGCAGCUGCUUUGAGAAUGCCGCCCCCUCCUGCCAGCCACUGGUGGGCCCCUCCCAGCCGUCUCCAUAUACCUCCACAUACCUCAUGCAUCGUGGGUUACCGAGUCCCUGCGUAGUGUCUGUUCUCCCACAGGUACCGUGCAUGGAGGCCUCUCCGGGUACGGAGGGGCUGCUUGCCACCCUGACUGUAAGGCUGUGCCUGCUUGGAGCCCUGGACUGUUCAGCCCACACAAGAACAAACGCUAAUUAAUGUUUUGUUUUAAGAGUCAUUUCCCUGGGAAUGUGGGAAAUGCAGGAUCUACUCUAUGAAUCAUUUUUUUCUGUGUGUUUGUUCACAUGUAUUCAUUCGCUCGCUCGUUUGCAAAUGUGGGGCGGUGGCCAUUUCCCACUGCCUGCCACAGUUAACUCUAAGUGAUGUGCUUGAACUAUUUAUUUCGGAGAGAAAUGUCAACCAAGCUACCGCCCCCUGCUGACGACCGGGGGACAGCAGCAGGGGCAGACAGAGCGGUCACUGCCCACAAGAAGGUGGAGCCUUGCACACUCCAGAGGAAGCAGGAUGCCACCACUGGGGGUCUGGUUCAGAGCAAGCAGACACUACCGCGUUGGCACCGUGCGACCCCAGCCGAGGAACCGUGGCCAUCUAUGCUCCCCAGAAGCACACCGAGCUCAUCUCAAAGCCACUUCCCCCCAGAGUUGAGGUGACUCGGCUUACUCUGGAAACUGGAUUCAAAGUAACUGUAAACCCUAAAUCUUCAUUCUGUCCGAGGUCCCGAUGAGUGUAAACCUCAGAAUUAUAAGGGCUGGCCUGAGCUGUUUAUUCAGAAGAUACUGUUCAACUGAAAGCUAUUUUUCCUCAAAGAUUUUUUUUUUUCUAUAUACAAAGCUAAAUUAAGUUUUGUACUCAUUAUGACCAAUGUGCACACCUGCCCCACCCCCACCCCCCACCGAGAUCUGGAAGAAAAUGCAGGGCUCGGUUCCGAGGUCGCCGGUUACACAAUAGUCUAUUUUGCAUAUGGAAGUUUGUAUUUAACUUUUUGUUCAUUAAAAACCUUACAGAUGUGGUUACGCAUUUUUAAUUCCAGAAAGUUCAAAGUUAGGACUGACUGCAAGGUCCAGUGCCUGCUGUCACUUUUCUGGCGUGACAAAGCUGAGUGGCAGUGCCUGGAGAGCGCCUGCAGGGUGAGACCCCGCCUGUGCUCCACCUCCGAGGAGAGCUGGGGCUCUCGGGGCGAGGCCAGGCCCCAGCUGACUCUGCGUCUUGUCAAGGGCCUGGCGAGGUGACCUGGGCGUGCACCUAUUCCAUGGCCAGCGGAGUGGCACAGAGGUCCCGCCCACAGCCCUGACCCUGGGACGCAGUUAGACCCGGGCCCAAUGCAAGCAGACAGCCGCCCCAGCGCAGAAGGCCCGGAGGUUUGCGGGUCUCCGGCAACUGUUUCUGCUGAGCCUCCGCCCUGGCCGAGGCUUGUACCGUGCCAGGCGAGUCCUGUGGCCCUGUCAGUUUGUGUUGUGCCCUGGGGGCGGGGCUGGGGCUGACCCAGUGUCUGAAGGGCUUCUUAGGAGCGGAUUUCACGGGGUCAUUGCCAGCUCUUCAGUCUUCCAGGACCCGGGGCUUCGGAGUGCAAGGUGAGGCAGCAGCGCCACUGUCCUCCAGGCGCUGCCCCCUCCCUCGGGGCGCAGGAGCGUGCUGCUGUUAGGUUCUCUUGGGGUUUUGUUUUGUUUUGGUUUCUUUGGAGAAGGAGCACACUUCCAGUCCAGGCUAAUGGUGAACUCACUGUGGAGCCCAGGUUGGCCUCAAAUAGCAAUCCUGCCUCAGCCUCCUCAGAGUGUUGAGGUUAUAGGCCUGCACCGCUAUGCCUGGAGGUAGUAGAAUUUUUAUAUCUUAACACUCUACAAGAAAAAUAGUCUGGUUAUUUAAAAAAAAAACAUUCAUUUUGUCAGUACCAAAUUUGCAACCCUAAAUUCAGUCAUUCUUUUAAAAUUGCAGUAGUGUGAGGGCCUGAAAAAAGGCCAUCCCUCUUUUUUUUAAUAGGUUGUCUCUGUUACUAAAGCUUGACUGAUUUUUUCUUUCUCAAUAUUUGCAUUGUGCCAGAGCUGGGGUUGGGGUGGAAGAGAAACUUGGGGCAUUUAAAAGAUGUUCUUGGGAGCCCCGUAUUCUACCUCAGUUACUGAACGCUGUAGGGAUUUCUGAGCUUUUCCCUCCAGAGUCCUGAGCACCUUGGGCCCUACAAAGUGGGGCUCUGGGCGGAGUUGUCCUUAGAAACCCAGAGAUGGCCCAAUACAAAUAAGCACUGCAGAAAGGCAGCGGUGGUGACAGUCUCGGUCCUGCAGGCCUGCUCCACAGUUUCUCGGCUUCUGCGAGCUACCUGGGAACUUCAGCACAGUUUCUUUGAGAUAAAACUCCAAGAACCUGCUAUUCAAGUAAACUUUUGGCACUUAGCUCCUUGUAGAUUGGAGUUUUAGCUGGUUACAUUGUAUUGGUUUUUAAAUUUUAAUUUCCUUAAUAUAUACAAGGAUGGAUUUGGGGUAUAUUGGAAUAGACGUUGACUUUAUUUACCAAUAAACUCAUCUCUUUAA